AUGGCUUCUCUUUCGGCGGUGCCGCCUAUGUAUUUGGAACUGGCCAUCCCAAAAUCCCGUCCAAGAGAGCAUCAUGGCUACGCAGAUGAGGAUGAUGAUGACGUAGAUGACGAUGUUAGCCACUAUGAAUGCGGCAUUGCCAAGCUUGGUCUUGGCGAAGAAAAAGCCGUACUGCUCGCAUUGGUGCCCUUUGGUCGGUAUAAGGAUCAUGUUCGAAACAAUAUAUACGGGCAUCUUGAUUUCUCCUGUCCGUUUCAGAGGAUCCCACUUGGGGUUGCAACAAGAGAGUGUAUUCCAGAUAUAUAUCGGUAUCAGAAAGACGUAGCAUCCAGCUGCGAGCUGGAGUACGAUAUAAAUAUCGGCGGGCUGGAUGUCCUGGCCAGCAAUCGCAACAAGCGAUCCGAGAAUGAUCCCCCCGGACAGAAGAAGGCCCAGAAGCCGUACGUCGGACACAUCUGCUUCGUCAAAGAACUCGACCAGUAUCUCGCCAAACCACUAGAUGUAAAUGCCAAGCCGUAUGCCCAAGCCAUACAUGUCAGGACGCCCCUGGUGCCCACAUGA